UGUGUGUAAGUUGGUCUGACAUGUACAUAUUGUGUAUUAACUGUGACAGUUUGAUAAAAUCUUACUAUUUAGCCGUGAGUGAAUUACAUGUAAUGCAGGAGAAUGCGGCGCCAAUGUGAAACGUGGAACUUGGCCUCAUAUUUAUGUAUCAUAAAUUAACAAUAAAUAUUUUUUUUCGAUAACGGAAUUAUUGAUGCGAUAUCUAGUAGCAAGUGAAUGUUAUUAAAUAGUAAAUUAGUUAUUUAUUGGAUAUGCCUCCAAGACGAAAUAAAGGAGGCCUUUUGGCCCGGGUAAAUUUUCCUCUUUACACAAUUCAGAUGUUGACAAGUAGACACGUUCUCGUUGGAGGUGGAGGAGGAUCAGCAAAAACAGGAGUAGCUAAUGGCUUUGAAAUAUUUGAAUUGUCACAUGAUGGCUGGAAUUUUAUUGCUGAAGAAGUUACAAGACAUGAAACAGGGCCUAGUGUUGUUAUGAAUUGUGCUGCAUUUAAUGAUGGUAAAAAAACGUUGCUAGUAGCUGGCCAAGAAAGUCAUUGUCAAUUGUAUAAUGUCAUACCAAGAGUUGUGGCAGUAGAGAAUGGCGAAGUUGUGGCAGGAAUAAAUCAUAAUUCUAAAGAUAAUGAAAAUAGUUUACGACAACGAAAGUUGAAUGAGAAAAAACAAGACACUAAAACUAAAUUAGGAGAUGAAAAAGUUGAAAAUAUACAAGAUAAUAAUUACAAUGUAAAACACAAAAAAUUGCAGCUAAUUCUUAAGCCUUCUACUAGUAUUCAAACAGAUUUUAGCGAAUCAGACCCAUUACAAAGAAUAGUGAGAAUAAGUCUUAAUGGAAAAGUAAUGGCAACUGGAGGAUUGGAUGGUGUUAUAAGACUAUGGAAAUUUCCUCAAUUAACUAAAAUUCAUGAUUUAAAAAGUCAUACUAAAGAAAUCGAUGAUAUAGAUUUCGAUAUCAAUGGUAAUUUUGUUGCAACAAUUGCUAAAGAUGGUCGAGCUCUGGUUUGGGAUGUUGUUAAAGGUACAAAAUAUAAAGAACUCUCAUGGGUUCCACCUAAUGGUGCAAAAUAUGUCUAUAAAAGACUUAGAUUUAGAAUUCCUAAUGAAAAAAAAUCUAAAAUGCAAUUAUAUAUACUGUCGAAUGCAACAUCAUCUAAAAACCCUAGUUAUCUUCAAUUAUGGGAUGUUGAACAAGGCUCAAUAAUUAAAUCAGCACCUUAUAAAGAAACAUUGUCGGCAAUUGCUGUGUCAGAUGAUGGAAAAUUUUUAGCUGUUGGCACGAUGUUCUCUGGCAGUAUUGAUAUUUAUGUUGCCUUUAGUUUACAAAAAGCUUUGCAUAUAUCAGGUGCUCACAGUAUGUUUGUUACGGGUUUGGAAUUUUUACCAACUAAAUUAGACGGACCAGCGAUUACAAGUAAUUCAGAAACUGCUGUCGUUAGUAUUUCUGUCGAUAACAGAAUUUGUAUUCAUAGCAUUCCGUUUAGACAUGCGCUGCCAUUCUGGUUGGUAAUAUUAUUUAUUAUCUUGAGUAUCUGUGGAGCAUUUAUUUUCUGUAGUUAUAUGGGUAUAUGACCGAAAAUAUAUUAUUUAAAAUUAGUUAAUGAAUAUGCAAUGAUUUAUGAAGUCGAUUUUAUUGACUAAUUCAAUUCACUACGCACCAUAGGCAAUAUAGAUUUAAUAAUUUAAUUUUUACCAGAAAAUGGUAAUCCGAAUAUGGAUGUAAAAAUAAACAUGAUGAUGCUUUAAAUUAUUUAAUUAAAACAUGAUACUUGUUAAACUAAUUAUAAAUAUGUGGUGUGUAUGACUGUCAACAUUUUUUUCCAGGGUAAAUUAAUUGACCAGUUGUUAUAAUAAAGUUGUUAGAUAUUCUCAAUAUCCUUGUGUAAAUAUAUUUUUAUAUAUAACUUUAAUACAUCUUGUAAAUCAAUAUUUUAAAUAUUUUUUGCGUUACAGUCAUGACAAAUUUAAUUUUUUUUUUACUAUUGUCUGUCAGUUUUGUUCAUGUGCUUCUAGGGGCCUUUUUGCAUGUAUACUUAAAUGUUUUCUAAAACAGUAAUUUUGAUUGAAUAAAAAUUUAUGAAUUUAAUAAUAAAACAGUUUUAACAUGGUGGCCACAUUUCUGUAAAACCUGGAAAUUUCGGGGAGUUAUAAAUAUACUGGAAAAGUCAGGGAAAUGUCAAGGAAUUUCGUCACAAAGUUGAAAAAAUUUUCACUUGCUGUCUUUUGACUGAAAAAAUCCGACAAAUUUUUUUUUCUGUCAAAACUGUUCAAAAAGUGACGCGGCGCGAAUGCGGUUGUAAAACCAUCUUGAAAAAAAAUUAAAAGAAAUUGAUUCCAAUAGCGAAAAAAUGAAACAGUUAGAAUUAUCAAGGCUGUUAGAAAAAAAAGUCUUAGUAGAAUCCAAUCACCAGGAUCUUCAAGCUAUUAACAUCCAUAUUGACAAGUUAUAGUAUAUUGUGUGACAAGGGAUGAAACAAGACGAUUUCAAACUAGGGUGAAGUUGGCUGGCAUCACCCGCAGUCUGAAAUCGUGUUUUAUCCUGAGUCACACACUAUAUUUUUCAUGAUUACUUGCAUCGGAACUUUAAGUGCCAGUAAGAAACAAGUUAAUUUCAAGCCGAUGAUAAGGAGAACUGUUAGAGAAUGAGAUCUCUUUGAUUUACAGUCACUUAUUAAAUAGUAAAUAUUUGGUUAAUUAAAACUGUCACUUAAAAAAUAAAAUGAGUAAACUAAAGUGACAAGUAAACAAAUGAGAGUAAUAAGGCUGCCAAUGAACAUUAAAUAUAAUUGACACCGGGCAGAAACAAUUGUGUUUCUUCCCGAGAGAAGAAAAAUGUAUGUUUCUACCCGCUGUAUGAAGGUAUUUUUGAAUUACGAAUUCGCUAGCAGUUGUUUGCAGCAUCGGCUUGAAAUUAGCUUCUUUCGACGGGCUGUAGAGACACUGAAACUUCGAGUUUCGAUGCCGGUAUCAUGCAAAAAAAUAAAAAUAUUAAAUGUAUACAUAAGUAAUGAACUUAUAAGUUUCACUAUAUUUAUUAUUCGCGUACUUCAUUAAUACUUUAUUAAUAUUCUAUGAAAUUUAUUCUAGUGAAAAUGAAAAAUUUAUUUAUAUUUUAUUAUAGAAUAAGUUAUAUAAAAACAUGGAUUUCAAAUCAAAAAUAAAAAAUUAUUCAUUUAAUAAAUAAAAAAAAAAAAAAACAAUGAACAUUGACAAAUAAUAAAAAAAAGUUUAUUUAACGACAGUGAUUAAUUAUUGAUUAAACUGACUUAUACCAUUUUAUUUUAAAUUAAAUAAAUAUUUCCAAUGAUUUAUUAAAAUAUAGAUAUGGCGGGAACAAAAUUUUCCUUAUUCUCUUAAUAAUAUAGAUAAUAAAUUUUCCGAUAAUCGCACCAAUAAACACUUCCUUUUUUUAAAUAUUAUUAUCUCUGACAUUGAGUAUCAGUAAAAUGAAAUGCCGCCGUAAACCACCCUGAUUAAAAGAAACGAUUCAAAACGAUUAGGAACGGUUCAAAACAAUUCAAAACGAUUCAAUUUUACUACUAUAUAGAUAUACAUUCAUCAUUGAGUGAAUCGUUUUGUUUAAUCAGGGCAUAACUUAUACCCAAGUAGCAAAGAGUUAACUUUAAGAUGUCUUUUAAAAGGACAAGACAAAUUUUUUUUGUCUCAGUCAUCUUUUUUGGUAUGAAUACGACAUGCAAAUGUUGGUUCCGGAGACAGAAACGUGUUGUUUUUCCUGUCUUAUGUCAAUUGAAAAGUCGUUUAGAUGACUUAUUUUUCCACUAUUUAUAAUUUACUUUUUGUCGUCACUUGCGUUAAGUCUUUUAAGCAGAUCAUUUUUUGAUGACAAAUUUCUGAUCGUUUUGUCAACAUAUUGAUGCCUUAUCGACAAGUCAAAAAGUAGCUUAAAAACUGACAUCUUAUAAAUGUCACAAAGGCGUGUGCUACCUGGGUACUUAGAUUUUUUAUACUAAAAGUUUUGGAUAUAGGAUAUUAGGAAUUUAAAAUGAAGAUAAACUAAUGUUACCAAUGUUGUAUAUAUUUUUAGUUGUUUUUAAUUUAUUAACAUUAUUUUGUAUUGAUUGGAAUACUUUAAUCUCAUUUGUUUAAUACUUAAAAAAAUAUUUUUGUUUUCUAAUAAGUACAUUUAAAAAAUAAUAUCUUACUAUUACGUUUUUAUGUUUUUGUUGUUUGACAAUAAUUAUAUAGUACUUAAAUUACUAUUUGAGUAAUAAAACAAUUACGAUAUGAUUAUCGUUAGAAUUUUUAUUUUUACUGCACAUUAUAUUCCUAUGUAAGACAAUAAAAGAAAUGAUGUGGAUUUUAUUCGGUGGAUAUUAUUUACAAGGUAGUCUUGAGGACAAAGAUUUCAUCAAAGUCUCAUCACAUUUUUAAGACUUAUCGUCUGGUGACCAAUUAGUAUCAAUUAUAAUAUCUUUACCUAAAUUUAUUUUUUUAAUUAGCAUUAAAUCCA